AAAAAAUCACAAAGAAAAAAAGUUUCUUUCUUUCCAGUUAGCAAGAUUUAGACAGCUUCUUCAAAAUUUAUUUGUAAAAAAAAUAAAAUAUUUUUAUGUUUGAUUAUUAUUUGAGGUAUUAAUUGAAGGUGAAAUAUUUAUAGAAAAUGGAAAGAUAUGAAAUUCAGAAAGACAUUGGUUCUGGGAAUUUUGGUGUUGCUAAGCUUGUGAAAGAUAAAUGGAGUGGUGAACUUUUUGCUGUCAAAUAUAUUGAAAGAGGCAAAAAGAUUGAUGAGCAUGUUCAAAGGGAGAUAAUGAAUCACAGAUCUUUGAGGCAUCCGAAUAUCAUUAGAUUUAAGGAGGUAUUUCUCACACCAGCUCAUCUAGCUAUAGUGAUGGAAUAUGCUUCCGGAGGAGAGCUUUUUGAACGAAUAUGCAAUGCUGGAAGAUUCAGUGAAGAUGAGGCAAGGUUUUUCUUUCAACAACUUAUAUCAGGAGUGAGUUAUUGUCAUUCAAUGCAAAUUUGCCACAGAGAUCUUAAGCUUGAAAACACAUUGUUAGACGGGAGCUCUACACAAUGUCUAAAAAUAUGCGAUUUUGGCUAUUCUAAGUCAGCAGCAUUGCAUUCACAACCAAAAUCUACAGUUGGAACUCCGGCCUAUAUCGCACCAGAAGUAUUAUCAAGAAAAGAAUACGAUGGAAAGAUAGCAGAUGUUUGGUCUUGUGGGGUCACAUUAUAUGUGAUGCUGGUCGGCGCGUAUCCGUUUGAAGAUCCUGAUGAUCCAAGAAACUUCAAGAAGACAAUAACUAGGAUAUUAAGCGUACAGUAUUCGAUCCCUUACUAUGUCCGAGUCUCCAAGGAAUGUAAUCACCUCUUAUCUAGGAUAUUCGUAGCUGAUCCAGAGAAGAGGAUAACGAUCGAAGAAAUAAAGAAGCAUCCAUGGUUCUUAAAGAACUUGCCUAAAGAAUUUAUGAAAAAAGGAGAGGAAGCUAGUUUAGUACAAAUGAAUAGUGAAGAAAAACCAUUACAAAGUAUUGAAGAAGCAUUGGCUAUAAUUCAAGAAGCAAGAAAACCAGGAGAGGGGUCUAAAGCAAGUGAUUAUUUUGUUAACAGCAGCAUUAGUAUGGAUCUUGAUGAUUUUGAUACUGAUGCUGAUUUAGAUGAUGAAAUUGACACAAGUGGUGAUUUUGUAUGUGCAUUAUGAGUGCUACUUUUUGGACCAUGACACUCGGAGCAACGGUAAAGUUUUCACACACGUUCGUUCAAGCCGUGAAAAUAGUCAGUAAUGCUUGCAUUAUGAUAGACUGUCUGCAUCACAUUCCCUUACUAACGUAGGAUGUUUUGUGCACCAGACUGCCCGCUAUUUAUGAGUGAUACUUUUCUUGGACAAAAUGAAAAAAGUAAUUUCUAUUUGUCUUUACUUGGGCCUUUAGUGUUUGUACCUUUUUUUUUGUGUUUUAGUCUCAUAAAUCUUCAAUUUGAUAGGAAGUAAGGUCCUUUUUAAUGAUAGUAUAUUCAAAUAUAGUAUAACAUGUAUGACACUAAGGACUCCAUAUAGUUUUGUUUGUAUUGUUUGCAAUUGUAAAUAAAAAUUGUGCAACUAGCUUUGAGUGUAAAUUAAAUAUAAGAUCUUUGUCAA